AUGGACCGCGCGUGCCUGCAGGGCGCUAACACCGAGUUUAAGCUCGCCCUCGUGCGCGCGCUGGACAAAGAGGCGGAGUACGAGGCCCGAAUCCAGGAGCUGCAGGCGGCGCUCGACGCGCUCGCGCUCGCGCCCUACGGGCCCGACCCCGCCACCACCACCGCCUCCACCGCCGCCGACGACGACGGCCUGUCGGCGGCCGAGGACUGGCCCGGGCCGCCCGUCGCGGCGCUGUUCGCCCCGGAGCCCUCGGACAGCGGCUACGACGAGGCCGUGCCUGCCACGGGCGCCGCGCCGCCCGCCGCGUGGCCGGGCGGGGGCGGCGCGGGAGCAUGGCGCGGCGCGAAGGGUGCGCGCGCGGGCGCAGAGGCGUCGGGCGGCAGCGGCAGCGGCAGCUCCGCGAGCUCGCUCGGGUCGCUCGCCGGGCUGUCGGAGCCGCUGGCGGCGGCGCUUGCGGCGGCGGACGCGACGCUCAUGAGCUGA